AUGGCUGCCGACGAAGAGCAGGAGAGCGACCAGCUAAAAUCUUCUAUUACUCUGCCACUGCAAGAACGGAUGGGCAGGAAAGACGAGGACGUAUCGCGGCACUCCAAUAUAUCACAGAGACCGCCAUUCAGUCUCGGCUCUCUCAACAGGAAGAAGAUGGAAGAGGAGCGACUCGGAAGAAUCGCUACCAAGCGGCAUCGCAUCAUAUGUGACGAGGAAGAUGCAGUGGAAAUACCGAAACCGAAACGAGUGGCAAUACCAGCGAUGAAUCAUACGAUUGCUAAGACCCUGGUGCCUUUUCCGAGGGGCACGGUGAAACGGACAUGGGCUCUUGGGUAUGACAGGUCACCAGACGACAUCAAAAUAGAGGAAGUGCUCCAAAGGGACAGGCUGCUGCUUGCCCUAUUUUCCUCCUUCCAGUGGGAUGAGGCGUGGCUCUUGUCUAAAAUUGAUACUUCGCGUACCAAAAUAUUACUGGCGGCUUUUGCAAGCGAUGACGCCCAGAUACUGAAGUUCCCCGACUACUUGCGGAUAGUAAUUUCUUCAGGCAAUCUAGUCCCAUAUGAUUGGGGCGAAACGGGUGUAAUGGAAAAUAUGGUGUUUCUAAUUGACCUGCCACUCAAGACUCCAAACGACAUAGGUCCAACAUCAACACUAUUCUUUACCCAUCUACAGCAUUACCUCCGGGCCAUGGGCGUUGAUAAUAGCAUGAUUGACAGCUUGUCGAAAUAUGACUUCUCUGGAACCGAGAAUAUCGGUUUUGUAUAUUCCAUCAGUUCCAAGACCUGGAAGCCACCAAAGCGAGUCUCUAUCUCGGGCUGGCAUUAUACCACGCUUGUCAGGGUAAGGCGUGCUGGAAUGGAUAAGUCGGAGUUAAACCAUGUUGGAGCCGGUCCAAGUCAGAGGUCUACCUGCUCUGAACUCCAGGAGAAUUUUCGAAUAUACUUCCCGACUCACGAGACGGUCACAAAAAGUCGAGGAGGGAAAAAUGUCAGCGGCGGGAACUAUAUGUUUACAGGAGAAAUGGUGGCGUGCCUCGACUUUUCCCACUGA